AUGAAAACAUCUUGGAUUGUUAGUAUUGCUUUAUCAACUUAUGCUCUUCAUUUUGAUUAUAAACGAAGGAAUAAUGCAGCGUUUCGACGUAAACUGAGUAAGAAGAGUAUAUUAUUGGACUUUUUUUUAUGUUUUAUUGAAGGACGUGAUAAAAAGAAGUUAUCUCAGGUACAAAGACAAGAAGCACUGCAACAAGAGGAGGCGUUGGCACAGGCGAUUCGCAAAGCGUAUCAUGAAGUGCAAAGAUGUGCUCUACCGCACCUCAUAGAAGAACGAGAACAAUUCUUUAUGCAGGAAGUUGCGAAAGGUGAAGGUCUUUAUGCACAAGGGUCUCAUAAAUUUAUCGAGGCUGCUAGUUGUUUUUUCCGUGCACUUAAAGUAUAUCCAAAUCAGAUGGAGUUAAUGGUAAUUUACGAAAAAACUAUACCGAAGGAAGUAAAUGCCAUUAUUGUUAAAUUGCUUCAGCUUGAUGAGACUGAGAAUGCUAUCAAAAAUAUAGAUGAUGCACCUGAAUGA